AUGAAACUUGUUGCCUACGGUUGGGACUCAACUCAUGGGGACUAUGAGAAGAGACAGUUACUACCGCUGCCCCGGAUAGGGAGGUCUUAUGCUAUGGAGAAGCGUCAGGGACUGAUCCCAUCGCCACGAGUGGGCCGUUCGUCCGCUACUUAUAAUGGUAUCGAAACCGAUUGCUCUCUGAAUCCCGAGUUAUGUAAUGAACUGAUGGCUAGAGUCCUGCAUGCAGUGCAUGAAGAAGUUCCUCCUGUCCUAAGAAUAGCCUCUUUGGCGGCAAUGCGUCCAAAGAAGUCCUUCACUGAAGACUAUUCUGAUAUGAAUGCCGACGACUUUGAAUUGACCAAAACGUUGCGCUCAAAUCCAUGGGAUUUCGACGUUAAUCCGUACUUCUUUGAGCGAAACGCCCGCCAAUUGAUUCCGGCCCCCAGAGUCGGCCGAUCUGUCGCCUCAACCAAUACUCAUACAAAUCAAAUGCAAUUACUUUCAGGUUAUAAUAGCGCCGAUGACGACGAUGUGGUCGAUCCCAUCGAUUUGCAAUUGAGGGCCGCAUUCAUACCACGUCUCGGGAAGCGAACCACUCAUAAGACAUCUUACGAUCAAUACAGCGAUUCCGCGGACGAUAUGUUCAAAAGAGCGGCCGCUUUUACACCACGUAUAGGAAGGGCCGCAUUCACGCCCAGAAUCGGCAAAAAGGCAUCGUUUACGCCCAGAAUUGGUCGCUCGGCCGGCACUGCCGGCGCCGACAAACCAUUUUAAGUAAUCAUUACGUGAAACAAUGUAUUCACUGAAUUUAAAAUACAAUUUAAAGCAAAUAAUACUAAUACUCUAUUUACC